AUGCGCUUCCUCCUCUCCGCCCCUCUGCUUGCCGCUGCGGCGCUCGCCCUGCCCUUUUCGGCUCCACGCGCCCUUGUGCCGCGCGAGCACCCUUCGCUCGAGGGCACGCACACGCUGCCCUUCGUCACGCCCAACACCGAAGCUGCGCACACCUUCGCGCCGAUGGACCACGAGCCGACUGCCAUCCUCGUGACCUGCAUGGACGGCCGCAUCCUGCCCGAGGAGGCGUUCGGCAUCAAGGCCGGCACGGUCAACGUGCUGCGCAACGCCGGCGGCCGCGUGGCCGGCGCCAUUCCCAGCAUCCUCGUCUCGCAGGUGGCCCUCGGCUCGCACGAGAUCAUCGUCGUGCACCACACCGACUGCGGCAUGCACAAGUACACCGACGCGGGCAUCCACGAGGCGCUCGAGUCGCACUACGGCAACGACACCGCGCGUCCCUACACGGACAGCAUCGCGUUCAACACCUUCACCAGCCUCAACCACUCGCUGCACGACGACAUCCGCCUGCUGCGCGACCACCCGCUCAUCAACAGCACGCAGGUCAGCGGCUGGGCGUACAACGUCACCGACGGCCUGCUGCAGCGCUACGUGUAA